GUCUUUUUCUGGCACAGCCGAGCGUCCACACGCAGAGUCUUGCAGACUUUAGUGCACAUCCGUAGUCCAGUCUGGUCCACAUGUGUCCACCCAGCCCUGCAGAGGAUGAGGAUGUCUCACUCCGUCAAUGUUUUCCUCUUCACAUCCUUUCUGGGAGCGAGCAGGGAGGCGGGCAGAGUAGACUCAUGAGGGACAGACUGGGAGAAGACGACGGGUCUUUGGAACGUACCACACAUCUGUAUCCGAAGGAACAGUAGAUUCACCUCCAGUGUGAUGUUUGGAGGAUAGUGGGAGAGGACACACGUGAUUAAAUCCGGCGAAGUACUGCGGUUUGUCGGUAAGGUGGUCGAGGAGGAACACGGAGAUGAGAGCGUUUCUGUCAGAGGCAUGAUGAUCAGCGUUAAUGAUGGAUCCCCCUCUUUGCUUUGGCAUUUCAAACCCAGCAACAAAAAGAUCGAGAGGAAUUAAGAAAAUGAAGAGGUGAAUGAACCACUAGCUGCUAACCUUUCUUUGACUCUUCUUCUCAGUGUCAUACCUCAAGAUCUGCAAAGACGGACAGCUACUGAACACUUUCAGGAACUGACAGGGUGAGGAAAUACCCAGGCAUCGCCCAGAGCUGCCACCAGCUGCAGCUCCAGCUGAAAAUCUGAGUAAAACUAGUGUAGGAGCAUGGGAUGCGGAGUUCAGAGCUCCUCUGGAUGUCAGCCUACCAGGAACAAAUGAGUAGAAGUGGAUUUGGCUGCGGCUCCAGUUUGCUCCAGGGCCGGCGCUUUUACUGCCGGGAAUGGGCCCUGGACAAGCUACGAUGCUGCCUGGAUGCCCGCUCCGUGCCGGGACAGCCACCAGGGCUGCUGGUAAUAGGGGGCCCCGGUGCUGGGAAAACCGCCCUGUGCACUGAGGUGGUGUGGCCCACUUCAAAGGCAGGGCUGGCAGUCGGCCUGGCACCACGCUGCCUGGCCUCCCACUUCUGCCAGAGGGAGGACCAGAGGAGUACGGUGCUGUGGAGGUUCGUCCUGGGCCUGGUGGAGCAGCUGAGGGCCUCACCUCUCCUCUCUCCUGGGUAUGAAGAGAUCCUCAACAACCCAUGUGUAUCCUCUGCUCUGGAGCCUCCCAACUGUCAAAAAGACCCUGAUGACACCUUCAAGAGAGCAGUGUUAGGACCCCUGUUGGCCCUCCCUCCUCCUGCUCAGUCUCUAAUGGUGGUGGUGGACUCCCUAGAUGUAGGAUAUGUACCGGGUGAAAGAGGUGAGAAGAGUGGCUCUAUCGCAGAGCUCCUGGCCACCAAUCAACACCUACUGCCUGGAUGGCUGCUGCUGGUCUGCUCCGUCCGCCGCCACAACAAGGUUGUGUGCAAGAUGUUCUCAGGUUUUCGUAAGCUCUGUCUGGAUGAUCUGCGAAAGCCCCUGCCAGUGCGUGAUGUGCAGCAGUACAUCCUCUGCCGGCUGGAUGAAGAAGCAGCACUUCGCCGUCAGCUCACCCCCAAUACAGCUGACAUGCUGAACCUGCUGCACAUCAAGAGUGGUGGCUGCUUUCUCUUCCUCGAGCGAGUGCUGGAUGGUGUGGCAGCUGCACUUGUGGGUCUGCGGGAGAUCCGGGACAUCCCUGGGACUCUCAAUGGCCUUUACCUGUGGCUGUGCCAAAGACUGUUCCCCAGGGGGCUCUUUGUCUAUGUCAAGCCUCUUCUCAAUGUGCUCUUAGCUGCCUCGAGGCCACUCACGCCCCAGCAGCUGUUCACAGCAGCCUGGACUCAUGACACCUCCUUCAGCCUCCAGGAUUUUCAGAACAAGCUCCGAACCCUCUCUCCUCUCCUGAUUGAUGGUCCUGGGGGCACCAAACUACUUUUCCAUGCCAGCUUUGCUGAGUGGCUGAUAGAUGUCAAAUAUUGCACACAGAGGUACUUGUGUAACAGAGCAGAGGGUCACAGCAUGCUUGCCAUGGCUCUGACGCUGCAGGGACCCCACCUAGACACUGAGGAUGUUUGCCAGCUAGCCACACAUUUAAUUUUCUCAGGUCACCAUAAGAAUAACCCCUCAUUUUUGGCACUGUGGAUGCUGUGGGCAGGCGUGCCUGCUCUUACUCCCAGCUGCAGCCGUGGCCUCACCACAUCCUUGACUCAGCCUCCGGUUCUAGUGAGUCAGGAAGUCCUUCAGCUGUUAAUGAGGAGUGGGCUUAUCUCUGCGGCCUGUUUUUCAGAUGCAGACCCGAGUGUUGGAGUGCACUGUGUAGGUGAUGAGGGAGUAAAUUUGCAACAAGUAUUUGAAAGUGAGCUAUCCAUGAAGAAGCUGCUAGACAGCGGGGUGUCUGUAAAUCAGCUUGGUUCAACAGAUGGACAGACCUUACUUGCCAGUGCAGCCCAUGAGGGUUCUGCAAAUGUAGUUGAACUUCUCCUGACACAUGGAUCUGAUGCACUGAUCAGUGAUCAUCUCGGUCAAACGCCACUGACUUUAGCUUCCAGGCAGGGUCAUGUCAACAUGUUGUCUGUGCUUUUGGAAUGGGCGCAGAGCAAAGAGCCAGAAAAGGCAGUGCAGAUGAUGGAGCAUGUCGACAAUGAAGGCUGGACAGCACUGCGCUCUGCAGCUUGGGGAGGACACAGCGAGGCAGUACGGCUGCUGCUGGAUGCAGGAGCAGAUGUGGAUGGAUGUGACAGCGAGGGGCGAACUGCUCUCAGGGCUGCUGCGUGGGGGGGUCAUGAGGAGAUUGUUCUGACCCUGUUGGACUAUGGGGCACAGGUUGACAAAGCUGACAGCAAGGGUCGCACACCGCUUAUUGCUGCUGCCUAUAUGGGACAUCAUGAAGCUGUGGAGAUAUUGUUGGAUCACAAUGCAGAAGUUAACUUAGCUGAUGGAGAUGGGCGCACCGCUCUGUCAGUUGCUGCCCUCUGUGUACCUACAGCAGCAGGGGUCAAAGGUUAUGGUGAGGUUGCAAGUCUGUUACUGGAGCGUGGAGCUGAUCCAGGACACAGAGACAAUGAUGGCAUGACGCCACUGCUUCUCGCAGCCUAUGAGGGCAAUGAUGAUGUAGUUGAACUUCUGUUAGAAGCUGGUGCUGAUGUAGAUGAAACUGCAGGUCUGGAUGGCAGUGUUCCUGCUGCAGCUGCUGUUACUCCCCUUCUGGCAGCUGCAGCAAUGGGCCACAUGAAGACAGUAUCACGGCUGCUUUUCUGGGGAGCAGCUGUGGAUGCCAUUGACUGUGAAGGAAGGACUGCACUCUGCCUGGCAGCAGCAAGAGGAAGCGUUGAAGUUGUUCGCACCCUGCUUGAACGAGGCCUGGAUGAGAACCACAGAGAUGACCUUGGCUGGACUCCAAUGCAUGCUGCUGCCUGUGAAGGCCAUCGGGCUGUUUGUGCUGCUUUGACUGAGCAAGGAAGCAUGGCACGUGUUGGAGAGAUGGACAUUGAAGGACGCACCCCUCUUAUACUGGCUGCCCAGGAAGGUCACUGGACCACUGUCAAGUUAUUGUUGGACAGACGUUCUCCCAUUGAUCACAGAGCAUAUGAUGGACAUUCUGCCUUAAGUGCUGCCAUCCUGGAGGGCCACACUGAGGUUGCAGAGCUGCUUAUGAAGCGAGGGGCUGAUACCAAUGUACGAGAUGCAGAAGGAAGGCCUCUGCUCUACCUGCUGGUGUUGGAGGGUCGUCUUGAUAUGGCUACUCUCCUCAUAGAGAAAGGAGGGGUCCCCCUGGAGUCCAAAGACUCUGAGGGCCGUACAGCUCUUCAUGUGGCUUCUUGGCAGGGAUGCGUGGAGAUAGUAGACCUACUUUUAAAGCACGGGGCCAACCCCAAUGCACAGGAUACAGAGGGGAGACCACCACUUCAUUCAGUGGCUUGGACAGGACAUGCUGAAGUAGGACGUCGUCUCCUAGAAGCCAGCGGCAUGGAUAUAGAUCUUGCUUGCAACCAGGGAGCAACAGCACUAAGCAUUGCUGCCCAGGAGGGACAUGUCCAUGUUGUUGCAAUGCUUCUGGAAAGAGGUGCAAAUCCCGAUCACAUGGAUAAAUAUGGUCGUAGUCCAGUCAAAGUGGCUGGAAAACAUGGGCACUUUAACAUUGUCAGGCUUUUGGAGAGCUAUGGAGCCAAGCCAUACCUAGGACUGUCGCCUAACUCUAGUACUGUUUCCCCUGCAAAACCCAAUAAGAGCCUCUCCUCAGGCAUCUCUGAGAGCAAAGGAGGUGAAGUCACAGGUGCUACCUCCUCCUCCUCAGUGUCAUCUCCCGGCUCCACUGCAGAACGAUUCCACUCCAUGCAGAGCUCCCAAACCUCAUCCACCUGCCACUCAUUGGCCACAGUGCAGACAGUGCCAGCGGACAGCCUCAGCUUUAUUCAGCAGAUCCAACAGCACUCACUUCCCCGCAGCCGUAGCCGACCCUCCACCCUCCCGCCACCAGGGAGUUCAGGAAUGGGGAGCCUUCAUGGAAGUAGCCAGAGGCAUCCCAAAGGCAGCCCUCCUCCCACUGUUUGCACAGUCACUGCCAUGGUGCACAACUGUGAACUGCCUGAAAAAGGCUUGUCAUCUGAACUUGAAUAUCAAGACAAAAUGAACAAACUAAACUCAAACUUAAUCAAAGCAGACAGGACUACUCAUGCUGGGGGUAAAUGGUACUCAGUCAUGGCUUCCCUUGGGAUAAUGCCAGGGCAAGACAGUCCUGCAGGAGGUGCUAAAAACAGAGAGAGUCCUCCUGUGGGCUACCCAUAUAGGCUACAGAGCCCACCUCAAGGGGAAGUUUGGGAUUCUCCACCCAAGAACAUUUUGACACCUUCUUGUUACAGUUUUACCCCAGCCCCACCUUGCAGUGCCUUGCCAGAGGAUGUUAUGGUCACUAUGACAAGCACAGACCCACAGCUUAACCUGAAACAGGCCAUCAAACUGCAGUUUGAAGGUCCCACCAGUGCAGCUUUAUACAAGAGAGAGACACCCCUGUGAUGGUGCAAAACUUUGUUUUAGGUGCAGACAGUGUUGCAGUUCAAGGAGAAGGCAGUUCUCACUGUGUACAAUGACUGUUUGGGUUCAGAUGAGAGAGGAAGUAUUCUCUUUCUCCACCCCCACCCUUCAGAAAACCAGAAGAAGAAUGAACUGAAUGACCUCAAAGCUUACAUUCCCGCCUUUCUGUUGCCUGUUGUGUGUGUUGAGCAGCACUCUUACAGACAACCUUAUGCUUGGACGUUAUUCUCCCAUUGUACUCAUAAUUUUGAUCAGCAAUAUUCAUCAUUUUAUUUCAAUUUAUUUGGCCCUAAAGGACUGAAUGCAGAGCCACAUGUAGGAUAACAGGACUUAUCAGCUCUUCUGCAAAUAACACUCACUGUAAUAAAGCACAAAUGUCUUGGUUGGAAUAUGCUUUAAAUUAUGUUGUGCUAGUAAAGAUCCCUUUGUUAAUCAGCAAACAACUUUGUUUAAGAGCUUUAAGUUUGUGGCCUUCAUGUUCAGUUAAUAUUUACUGUAAACUGUCUUACUUCCCUCAUCAGUUAACCAAAAACAGUUUGCAGAAAAGCAAGCCUACCAAAGUCUGGCCCAAUGCAGGGUUUAUGAUACAAGCUCUAAAGGACGGCCAUGUGCACUGAACCAACUUGGCUCGUUCACAGUGUGUCUGUGAGCAGGCAGGAAGGAAAAUGAAAACUGGACCAGAAGAACUGAGGGUGGAUGUGCGAGGGCUGUUAAUUCCAAGCUUGUAUGCGACCUAAAGAAAUUUCUAGUUCCUUUUCAUUUUUCAUUCGAUUAAUAUUUAAAUACAUUUAAUUAAAAAUGGUGAACCAUGCCAUAAAUUUGCACACCUCUGCUCUGUCUGCUUAUUUGUGAAUGUGUAGGUAAGUGUGUAUUUGAGUUGUAUGUCAUGCACUUUACAACUAAAUGUCAAGACUAGCAUUUGAUGAGGUAACAUCCUGCAGAGAUGAAAGUCUGGCUGCAGGCUGAAUGUGGCCACCUGGGACUAUAAAGCACUUCUGGACUAUUUUGAAACUAGAAAGAGGAGAG